GUUUCUUCUUUCUUUCUUCCCUUUUUUUUUAUCUACAUAACACUCUAAACAAAAUAUCAAUAAUAAAAUGCCUCCUUUUGUUUCACCUAAUGCUCAUAACUUCCAAAAACCUCCUGGUACACCCAUUCAUCCUGAAGAUGCCCAGAGAGUAAAGCUCUUUCAGCCAUUCAAUCAAAAAUCGAUUACAAUGCACAAUCAUAUUGGCGUUUCUCCAAUGUGCAUGUAUAGUUCCGUUAAUGGUUUUGUCAAUGAUUUUCAUAUCAGUCAUUAUGGGUCGUUUGCCCUUAAAGGUCCAGGCUUAAUCAUUAUUGAAGCUAGUGGAGUUGUCCCGGAAGGUAGAAUUACACCACAGGAUAUUGGUAUAUGGAGCGAUGAUCAUAUUCCAGGCAUUGCACGUAUUGUUGAGACGAUAAAAGCUCAAGGUAGUGUUCCAGGUAUUCAAAUUGCUCAUGCAGGUCGUAAAGCCUCUACCUCCCCCCCUUUUAAGGGUGAUUAUGUUGAAACUGAAGCUGAUCAUGGUUGGCCAAGUCGUGUUGUAGGUCCUACUGAUAUCCCUUAUGCAGAUCACUACGCUCGUCCUCAUGCUAUGACAGUCCAAGAGAUUAAACAAACAGUUCAAGAUUUUGCCAAUGCUGCAGCUCGUGCAGAUAAGGCUGGUAUUGAAGUUUUGGAAAUUCAUGCUGCUCAUGGUUAUUUACUUAGUAGUUUCUAUUCUGGUAGCUCUAAUAAACGUACAGAUGAAUAUGGUGGUAGUUUUGAGAAUCGUAUUCGUUUUACUUUAGAAGUUGUUCAAGCUGUCCGUGCUGUAUGGCCCGAAUACAAACCUCUUUGGGUCCGUAUCUCGUGUACAGAUUAUGUUAACCCCGAACCCAUGGGUGAAAACCCUAAUGGGUGGGAUAUUUACCAAUCAAUUCGAUUGGCCAAAGAAUUAAAGAAAUUGGGAGUUGACCUUGUUGAUUGUUCGAGUGGUGGAAUUAUGAAGGGUGUCAAAUAUCCUGCUGCUCCUAUGUAUCAAGUCCAAUUUGCUGCUGCCAUUAAAAGAGAAGCCCAGAUACCUACUGCUGCUGUUGGUUUAAUUGUUGAAGGUGAAGAUGCAGAAGAAAUCCUUCAACAGGGCAAUGCUGAUUUUAUUUUAGCAGGUCGUGAGUUCUUACGUAAUAGUGCUUUUGUUUUAUGUGCUGCUCAGUCCUUAAACGUCAAUAUUAAUUGGCCAAAACAAUAUUCUUGGGCUGUUAAGAAGGCUCGUCGUCAUAAUACUGUUAAACAAAAUACUAAAAGCGAUAUAGAAGAAAUGAAAACAAUUCCUUGAAUAAUUAUGUAAAUAUUAAUGCAAACAACAAAUUGAACAUAAGAUUAUUAUUAUUAUAAAAUAUGACAUAUUCAUACAAAAUAACUCUUACCAC